CGCAUGCGCACUUUAGUUUCGCCCUUCUCGCGAUUGAUCUUGGAAAAUUUGCACUGCAAAAUUCCUGCAUAUUCCCACACCAUGGAGAACUAUAAAAUCAUAAUCUCUUUAGUCAUAUUGGCGGCCAGUUUAUCCAUAGGCUACUCUGCCCUGUUUAAUUGUGUCGAGUGCGAGUCUACUCUAGUUAAAGGCUGCAUGAAUGAUGUUAUGAACUCCUCAGCUAUAAAAAAUUACACCAGAGCCUGUGACAAUACUGCUGAUAAUGUUUGCAUGAAGGUAGUUGCAAAAGCUACUCGAACUGGUUGGACUGGCAAGAAUGGCAUGAGGGAAGUUGCUGCGAUCAAGGUGUCGCGUUUCUGCGCCAUGAUGGAAAAUCCUAAAGACGAAUGCAAGUCAAUGGACGGAGCUGCUGGAUACCUCACCUAUUGUACCUGCCGAGAUAAAGCUUGCAAUGGCGGAGCAAAUGUCGUGGCAUCACUUCUGAUGAUAGCGUCGUGUUUCCUCGCCAAGAUUGCCCUUUAACUCCAUGUCAUCCAGAGUAAAACAGGAAUUUUAUGCAAGCGAAAUGAUUUCGGUUUCUUCCUUUCGAGCCAUAUGGGUGUUGAUCGAGAACUGACACGUGAAAGGUUGAAUCCGAAUCAUUGAAGGAAUGUAAUUAAAAUAUUUAAAAGUUUUUGAGAUUUGGUGAUUAAAACUGCCCUACGGCAUCUAAAUUGCAUCAGUAGGCCUAGAUUUUGCAGGUUUGAUCAUAAUCGGGUCAGAUGAGGCCAAACCAAAUUUUAAAGUACCCUGGAAAGCAUGCUUGCUGACAUAAAUAUAAAUGAAAUGAAUAAACAAGCGCUUUUCUUGCUCAAGUGUUAUUUGUCACAUAACAACUGAUAGCUGCAAAUUAUGGUAGAAAAAAUUGUCUCCUUGCCCGUUAUCCAAGGUAUUAAAUUGGUGUGCCCUAAGCUAGAAAAAUCGUUGAGUUAGGAAUUUGAUGUAAUCCAAAAUAUUCAGAGAGAGAAUUCUGUCCCUGGAGCCGUGGAAACGUUGUCUCGAAUGAUCAUUUGCAAUGAUGGAAAGUGCAAUGCGAUUGUAUUCAGAUCAUUCAAAACCGCAAGUAAGAGAUUAGGCCAAGGGAUGCAAUACUCUCGUUUCAAAAAAGAAAUCGCAUAUUUUUCCAAGUUAAAAGAUGCAUAAGCAGUGGCUACACCAUGAACUGUAAAAAUGUACAUUAUUUCAUUAUCCGACUCUAGCAAGUAACAACAAGUGUAAACCUCUGUAGAUAAUUUUAGAAUCAAAUGCUUCGUUCUUAUCUUAUCAUCAAUGUAUGCACUCCCAGUAUGAAACCAAAGUUCAAACAGUCGAUUCAACUAAAAUUGUUUUAAUGUGAUGUUCCGAGUGAGCAAAAUCUUUGUCAGACCUUGAUUCAUGCCUGGAAGUGCCUCUCCCUAUUGUUUGCAUAUGUAACCAUGGUAAUGACCCAACGCGUUAGAUGAUGUUUAGUACACGCUGUGUUUUCGAAAGUUUUGUGAUUCGAUUUUUCGUCAUACGCUAAAUUUAUUGUUUGUAGGGUAUUUUGUAUUAUGAUGGUGUAUUGUAAAAUUUUAAGGCUCAGUAUUUUAGCCUCAAAUAUAGCAAUUCGUCUGAAACCAUUUUGAAAGACUUGGGAUCCAGUUGAAAAGCUUGUCACGAAGCGGAUGAUCAGUUCAGUUCAAAUAUCUUUAUUUCACCUGUAGUUUUCUGGUAUAGCCUUUAUAUUUUUUGUAGUAUUUUGUACAUAAAUGUGAUGUCCUGUCCGGUAAACUAGAGAUGAAAUAGGGUUUUUGAGGCGAGAUUUAUACAGGGUUUGCUUUUUCACAUGUAAUAUUUAACUUUCCAUUCUUGACAUAAAGAACAGGCAAGUCAUUUCCAAAGAGUGGGCUACAGUCCCACAAUGUCACGUUUCACCCUCAUGUCUUCAAAACCUAAUUCAGUAAACAAACAUGCUUGUGACAAGUAUGUGAGAUCGUGAAUCCUGUAUAGACCUUGUGUUCAUUGUGACUAACUCCGAAAUCUGGUUUUUGUGACUUGUAGUGAAAUUGAAUAUAAAGGCAUAUUGUCUUAACAUUCCUAAACAUUCCAGAAGAAUUUCACUCUAUUCUUUUAAAGUGAUAUGUGAUCUUAAGCUUCAGUUUGUUGACAGAAUUCCUCCAGAUUUCUAAGAUCAGGCAGCACCAUUACAUGUAGAUCUUGUUGGAACAUGUUGUAUCACACCAGUCCUGUCCUACCUAAUCCCUCUUAAUGGAUCAGUCCAACCUUUCAUAAGUGCUUGGAUUGGAUUGGCUCAUUCUGAAAGCCAAGGGGAUGAGGACUGCUGUGAAAUUCUGGUUGUGUAUACUAUUUUGUGUGGAAUUGUUCCUUUUAUUAUUUAUAACAACGAGUACUUUUUUUUGGAAUUUUGCUGUUUCAUACAUCUGCUGUGUUCUGUAAAUUUCUAAUUUGAUUUAAGUUCAUCAGAGUUCUCUUAAAUCUCUGGACUUCAAUAACAGCAGUUGGUCAUUAGGAGAAAAAAUCAAUUGGGAUACAAAUAAAAGUGGGGACCUUCUUUCUCAGGAAAUUUACGCGUUCAAAACUUUUACCUUCUGGUGUAUCUUUAGAUCUAUUUGUGUGUCAAACAUUAUAUAUUUUGUUUUGUAUAGACCUGGUUAGUUUACAGGGUUAAUGGAAGUAAAAAAAUUCAAAUGCAGAUUGACUAAAGCCCCCGCAGACAAGUGAUUUUUAAUUGCAGUGACCUGUGAUCAUUAUUGCAUGCAGCCAAAAUUGCUUGUUUGCUAUGGACAUCGCAGGUGACUGUGAGUGUGACAAGAAUCAGUGAUUGCAGCGACCUGCACUCAAUUACCAAACCCAGCGAUCACUGUCAUGACUGCUGCACCUGCAGAUGAGAGAUCUUUUUGUUGCAAUUUGCAUAUUGCUGCAGGUACAAUCCCAGAUUGCAGCUACAAAAUCGCUUGUUUGCACCAAUCUUAACACUGGAGCAAAGUAAUUCAUGUCCCUCUAAUAUGUUAACAUGGAGUCCGAUGAAUCUCCCCGACUAUUUUCCAUAAAAUCUCAUCCUGAAUUAAGUUUACAUGUAGUUGCAUAAUAACUUGACUAAGUAAUGACAAAUAUUUAUAACCUAACCAUUUUGUCUGUAUUCUAUUUUCAUGCUUUUAACUCCUCCAUUGUUCAUUUCCAUUCCACCGGUAACAAUCCUGAUGUUUCAAAGCAUUAAGUUUGUCAGAAAAAUAACUAAAUUAGAUCAACUAGUGGUAUAAUUGACAUUGCUUGAAUCCAUCCAUAUAUGCUUUUUUGUACAGUUUGUUGUGAUGUUUCUAUUCAUGCAUGUAUCAACAUGAAGCAUUGGGGAGAUGAUGUAUAAAUUUCUGUCGCGCUCCCAAUAUUUUUUGGAACACUUUGUAUAAAAAGUUAACUGUCCGAAGAUUGAAUGAACUUCGUCCAUGAGAUAUUUUUGUUCAAGUUUUAGACAUUCCACAAGUUGUUGCGUCCAGGAAAUUUGCCUAUGUGAUAAGAUUUCUUUAUGUAGGGUUGUACACAGUUGAUGGGCGAGAGUUUCAUGUGAUUCCAUGAUUUGCACUUGUGCAGACCCUCAGUUGCUGUGAAGACCAUCAGCUUCUUGUUAAUCCAUCCAAUAAAAUAAUCCAUCCCGUCUCCGGGUUUGAAAACUUUGAAAUUUCUUAGGCCAGACUCAGAGUCCAGGAUCGUUUCUUAUGACCAUUACUGUAAAUCAGAAACCUGUGAGCAGCUUUGGUGCAUUGUGUAACGAUUAAUGUAAUGGAUUUUUACAAAGAUACAUUUAUUACUUCGUAUUGUAUAAGCAAGACUUAUAGAUAAUCUCAGAAGUUUUUGUUGACAACCUGUACUGUAAACAUCAGAGUUUUAGACAAAUUGAAAUUUGUUUUAAAGGUUCAUGUGCAGAUGAAAAAAUGUGGAAAUAUUAUGUAAUUUGUACCAUACAAGCAAUGUAGGCAGUGCAGUAAGGCAGUGUAGUGACGUCAUUAGGAGAUCAUUUUGGACGUCAAUCCAUGACCUUUCUGACUUUGCAAACAAAGUAUGUCAUGUUUGACUUCGCCACACUUUACUACUGCCAUUGUUGGCUGACGGCGAAGUACGCCACGAGGGCCAGUGACAGGAAUUUGUCAUCCAAAAUGGCGUCUUGUGAUGAUGUCAUCUGCGCGGCCUCUGUUGACAAAUCAAGCGUAUUCAACUUUUCAAUAUUCUCUUUUAAAAACGGGUAGUGAUCAUUACUGGUGAAUUGAGAAAAAUUCAAGUUGGGAAGGGGGAUUGAAGUUGUUUUCCCAAUAGCUUAUUGACAUUCAUUUUCACUCAUUCAUCAUUUGAGAAAUUUGUAAAAAUUCAAUGUAUGACCUUCAUUUUCAUGUUGUUUUGAAACUCCUGGACUUGGACUUCCAAUAUUCUAUCUCUUUCUAUUUUGGUUAGCUCUGAUGUGUGAACUGUAAUUUAGAUGUAUUCCAAUACUCUGUUGUCAGAUUUUUAAUUAGCCGCGAAUGAAGUGAUAUGAUUGUGGAGUUUGGAUAAUUUGGUAUAUAAAAUCUGUGAAGUUUUGAUAAAGAACUGUUGUAUGUAGUUAUAGACAGUAUCAGUGUGUGUAUUGGUUAGAUAUCUCUAGAUUUUUGCCCUUUCCCCGCAUUAUCUCACCUUGGCCCCUAGCACUUUGGACAUCACUUUCUUCUCAAAAGAAAGUAUGGGGUGUCACAAAAUACUGGGGGAGUUGGGAUGAGAGAACAUCAAGAACUCAGUCAUGUAAAUUACUGUAAACCAGGAAAUUUGUGUGUGUCUUCUAAUUUUGCGUUUUUGACGACCAGCAAAAGCCAAACGCUUCAAAAAACAAAAUUCCAUUUAAAGUAACUGUUACAGUGUUCUCAAAACGACUUACAAUGCAAUUUUAGAAAAGCACCACUAUAAUAGCUGCAAAUAUUUUCCGUUUUACAGUAUCACUUUCACUAUGAAUCUAGAACAGUCGGUAGUUUAAAAAUUUCAAAUCUAAGGAAUCAAUUUAAGUGGCUGGUAACUGUCAAUGAUAGACACCAAUCCUUGGUUUUACAGGUGUCAAUCACACUUUGCCUGACAGAUUUUACUGCAGAAGCUAUGAUAUUUUCCAAAUGUCGAGCAAGACACUGCAAAAAAGUUAUGUUAAGGUGGGGUAAAGUGAAAAUAAGAACUUCAAUUCUAUUGUAAUUAAAUGAAAACAUAUUACUCUGCAUUCCAAUGUCAUGACUGAUUUCUGUCAAAAUGUUUUAUCUAUAAGUGAACAUUUGAUAAAAAAUAAACUCACAAUUAACAUUUUAGAAAA